UUCUCUCUGCCUCUCCUCACGAGAGAAGAAGGAAUUCUUAUAAAAUACAUCUCUUGGAGCACAUACUAGCCUCACUCUGUCAGAACCCGCUCUGAUUUCAGGCUUGCACUUCUUCAGUCAGUGCAGGACUGCAUUGAGAUUACAGAAGAAGUGCACAGCAUUGGCGUCGGGUGCCGUAGGCAAGAUGAAGCUCGCUCUGCUGUUCGUCUGUUUCACUGCGUUCUCCGCCUCGUCCUCGCUUGUGCAGGCGUCCAAGUUCUGGGACGACUUUUAUGUCACUUUCGGGCAACAGAAUGUCAAAUAUCCAGGACGUAAUACAGGCGAGAUUGUGGAUUUGGGCCUCACCAGAGAAACUGGAUCUGGCUUCCGCUCGAAGUAUCCCUUCAUGUUCGGCCAUCUCUCCAUGAAAGUCAGGCUCGUGGGGAAGAACUCUGCCGGGACUGUCACUUCUUACUAUAUGGCAUCGACAUUCAAGAAAUGGUGUGAGUUGGACUUCGAAUUCCUUGGGAACGUCUCAGGGCAGCCCUACAUUCUUCAAACCAACGUGUUCGUCGAAGGAAAGGGUGACCGAGAGCAACGUAUCUACCUGUGGUUCGACCCCACUGCCGACUACCAUGAAUACGGCGUCCUGUGGAACCAGAAUCUCGUCCUAUUUCUGGUUGACAACCGUGUUAUUCGGGUCUACCACAACCAGAAGAAUGUGGGAGUUCCUUACUUGGAUUACCAACCGAUGUACAUUUACUCGAGCAUCUGGAACGGAGAGUCGUGGGCAACACGUGGAGGUCGGGAGAAGAUCAACUGGGCCGGUCAACCUUUCCAACCAUCGUACACUGCUUUCAAUGUCUCGGAUGCUUGCCCUGUGAAGAACACAUCCGGCUAUAGUGAUCUUCAUGGCUGCUACUCGAAGGUGUACCGGAGUCCAUACGGUCGGAGACCCAACCUGGCCCUCACUCAAACUCAAAUCAACGACCUGAGACGCAUCAAAAAUGGAUUCUUAAUCUAUGACUACUGCACAGACUUGAAGAGAUUCAAGGGCGUAGCACCCCGAGAGUGCGCCAAAAACUGGCCUUGAGCUCCACCACCACUAGAACUCAGUUACUGCCCGUCGGUCAUAAUCAUGUGCUACACUAUAGGUGAUCUCACUCGUAUUCUUCUUCUACGAGAUUUGAAAUUAGAGCUAAUGGAACCAAGCUAUAGAAUUCCGUACUUUGACCCAGAGUUAUCCUCAAUACGACAAUUGCAGCUUGCAUGUGGGGAUAGUUAUUCUUCAACAAGAGAGGCUGACAGGUUCGUUCAAUGAGCUAAAAAAUUCUUCGUGUGAUCUCUUCAUGCAAGUCCUAAAUCUUAAGUUUAGUGGACUAAACGUGGAUAAGAACCGAUCGUACUUCUGCCGGGGAGCUGGACAUUUUACGGUAGUGAGAUCUUGAAAGGUGUACUAGGUUAACGAAGUAAAGCGUAAUGUUUGUAGUAACUUCUAUUACAGAAGUUUAAUCCAGUGAUUCAGGUCGUGUAAAGGCAGACGAAGCACGAUUAAUAUUCUAUUUUUGUCUUGCGAGACAAUAAAGUCGAGACAAGAUUCUUAUGAAUUUUUGUCUUGCGGC